UGGCCUAUGGCAUAUAUAUCGAGAGUUUUCUUGAAGUCAGAAAGAGUUAAGACAUCUGAGCUUGGCAGCUAAAUUGCCCAUAAUACUUUUGUCUCUUCCUUCAUCCCUCCCAAAAAAUCUUUUUUUUUUUCCCCUUAUCAGCCAAGAGUACUCUUGGUGUAGAAAUAGAGAAAGAAAGAGGAUUGGGGGUUGAAAGAGAAUGAAGAUCCAAUGCGACGUGUGUGACAAAGGGGAGGCCACAGUAUUCUGCCCUGCAGAUGAAGCUGCUCUUUGUGAUGGGUGUGAUAGCAGCAUUCACCACGCAAACAAACUCGCCGGCAAGCACACACGCUUCUCUUUGAUCCACCCCUCCAAACAAGUUCCUCUCUGCGAUAUCUGUCAGGAGAGGCGUGCCUUUCUCUUCUGCAAAGAAGAUAGAGCAAUUCUUUGUAGAGAAUGCGACCUCCCCAUUCACAAAGCCAAUGAACAUACCCAGAAACAUGACAGAUUUCUUCUCACGGGUGUCAAACUCCAUGCCUAUUCUUCCUCUUCUUUAUACCCAACCUCAUCAUCCUCUAAUGGCUCUGAAUCAAACAACAUUGACGCUGAUGUUAGAAGCUCGCAGUCAUCAAGAAAGAAACCAAACAUGAUUUGUAAUGAAGUAUUUGUCUCUCCUUCAAGUGGGAAGGGUACAAUCACACCAGAUUACAGGGGUACUGAAGGAAAUCAGAUUCAAGACACUGUUCCUAUUUCAACCAGCAGCAUAUCAGAGUAUUUGAUAGAAACCUUGCCGGGUUGGUGUGUUGAAGACUUUCUUGACCCUGCAUUUGCUGCCAAUGGUUUCUUUAAGACCAGUGAUCAAUCACUCCCGUUUUUGGAUCGAGUAGUUGUUGAGAAAGAUAUGACUUCUUUUUCAUCAGAAGAUUUGGUUAGCUGGGUUUCUCAAGCUUCACAUCAACUCCCUCAAUUACCUCUCUUUCCCCGGACUACUGACUUUCUGACUGGAUUCAAGGAAUCAGAAAAGGCAAAUGACAUGAAAAUGAGCAACCGAAAGUGGAGUGACGAUGGUUUUACAGUACCCCAAAUCAUUCCUCUCAAGAAAUCCAGACAUUUCAGAUAGAAGUUUGCUUUUGAAGUUUCCUUCUUUUUUUUUUUUCUAGUCAAUCCUUGUUUAAUCUGUUAGUAAUCCCUGGAUCUUCACACUCUGUGUCAGACCGUGUGGUUUAUUAAUCCGGGGUCAGUUUUUGUUUUGCUCUUCUUCACUUGGACUGCUUUGUAAUCAUCUCAAACGCCACAAAUAAAUGAAGAAAAAAGGAUUCCAUUAGUUUCUAUCA